AUGAGCGAUUCUGAGGAGAAGGUUCCCGAUGUGGAGGUCGACUACACCAAGUACGACGAGGACAGCGUUCCAAUUCCGGAGAAGGAGAAGCCGGAGACUCAUCCAGGACGUCCCGAUUUGGACUACGACGAGACUCCAGUCGGACCAGCUCCAACUGAGUGCACUGAGGAGAAGAACGAUGAUUAG